AUGUCUCGAUCAGGAGAUUUCGAUCAUCUGUGUAGUACUGAAGUCAGGCUCGAACAACCUUCCUUCUCACCCAGUGUCACGUUUGUCCUCGAUGAUGAAUUGUCUGAAGAAUACCAAACCAUGACACAGGAAGAAUUUGAGGAAGACCUCGGCCAUCCUCCGAUUGAUGGUACUAUUUCUUGCUCCCUUCAAGUCCGAGCCCACCAAGCUCUCACUCAGCACACCCAUGCGGAAGUCAAGGCUCUCAUAAGUCUCGAUCACAAGAACUGCACUGCAGUCCCAAAGUUACUUGCUUAUGGUGAUCGGGUGCAAGGUGUAGGAGAUUACGUCCCUGGAGGCUACAUAAAUUAUGCCGCGUGGACGCGAGUGGCCGGUGAACCGAUUAGCUCCGCUUCUUACUGGGAACUUGACCUCGCAUACCGGGUGGAGGUGCGUUCCGCUUUCCGAGCUGCUUAUAGAGAGCUAAAAAACGAUAUAUGGGGACCGGGACUUAGCUCUCUGAAGAAUCUCAUUUAUGAUGAGGCCACCAAGUCUAUGUAG